AUGGCACGUGGUCCGUGGUUGGCACCAGGUUGGUUGGUGUGCUGGGCGGCGCUCCCGGUGGUGCUGCUCCCGGUGGUCCCGGCGUGGGGCCGGGUCGCGAGCGGGGUGUCCGGGGCGAGCCGGCGGUACCGGGACUACGAUUUCGACUUUUCGCACCUCGGCGAGGCGGUGUACGGGAGCCACGAUCAGGCCGCGAUCGGCGAGCUGGUGCGGACGUGGGCCCGCCAGGCGCGCACCAACGGCACCAAGGGCAACCCGGAGGAGCUGGGCACGUACGCCGAGGGCGACAUCCACCAACCGCUGAUCGAGCGAAACGCGCUCAAGUUUACCAGCAGCAAGUGGAAGAACGGUGUUGUGCCAUACGAGUUCAGUGACGAGUUUUCAAUCGGCGACCUGCAGAAGCUGUUCUCGGCGUUCGAGCAGUUCCACAAGAAGACCUGCAUCCGCUUUGUGCCGCACACGAAGGAGCGCGACUUCGUGGUGAUCGAGGGCCGCAACAGUGGAUGCUGGUCGGCGGUGGGACGGAUGGGCGGGCGGCAGGUGCUGAACCUGCAGCGCAGCGGCUGCCUCCAGAUGGAGGGCACGAUCGUGCACGAGCUGAUGCACGUCCUGGGGUUCCUGCACGAGCACACGCGCUACGAUCGGGACCGGUACGUGAACAUCUACUUCCGAAACGUGCGCCCGAAUCUGCUGAGCAACUUUGGGCGCGAGAGCGAGUCGCAGACGACCACGCUCGGCAUGGCGUACGAUUACGGCAGCGUUAUGCACUACUCCAGAACGGCGUUCAGUAAAAACGGAAAGGCCACGGUGGAGCCGAAGAUUAAGUACAGCGGGCAGCUCGGGCAGCGCGUCGGCUUCUCGCUGAAGGAUGUACAGAAAAUCAACAAGCUGUACUGUCAUCGGUGAGGGCAGCGGCGAUUGCACAACCGCAACCGGGCGCGAAAAACCGGCCACUAGCUCCGGCAGCGUCACGAGGUCUUACCUAAGAACGAAUGCGAGCCAAAAACAGAUGCCUACGGCCGACAAUCGCCGGAG